AUGUCAACACAAUAUCAGUCAUUGCACGAAGCAACGAUGCAGUCAGGAGAGCAAGAGCCACUUCUUUCACGUGUUACUUCGCCAACCGAAAGCGCGAAACAAUACACUUCCAGCGAAGAUUCCGAGACUACAAUCGCUGAAGGCAUCACGCGCGCUAUCGAAGACGAUGUCUUGCCCGAGACUUCCACCCUCGGACGAACUAUCACUUGGUCGAGCGCUUACAUUCUAGUGAUUUCACGCGUCAUCGGAAGCGGCAUCUUUGCGACGCCCGGCGUCAUUGUAAGAGAUGUUGGCAGUGUAGGACUGUCUCUCUCGCUCUGGAUCGUGGGCGCCAUCAUCGCAGCAUGUGGUCUUGCGGUGGGCUUGGAGUAUGGCUGUAUGCUACCACGGUCUGGUGGCGAGAAGGUUUACUUGGAGUUUGUCUACCGCAAACCUCGAUUUCUGGCCAGUACCCUGGUAGCUACGCAGGCUGUUCUUCUAGGCUUCACGGCCAGCAACUGCAUUGUAUUUGCCCAGUACACGCUCUAUGCAUUCGACAUUGAGGCGACAGACUUUCGACGCAAGUCACUGGCGGUGGGUCUACUCACAGCCAUUACCAUCAUCCACAGCUGCUUCAUGAAGACUGGCAUUCGCAUCCAGAAUUUUCUGGGGUGGAUCAAGAUUGGGUUGGUUGUGUUCAUGGUUUUGUCGGGCUUCUUUGUGGUGGUAUUUCGCAUUCAUGGAAGUGAUGAGUCGCGGAGUCACUUUCCUGCUGGGUCGGAGUUGUGGCAAGGGAGUGAUUGGAGCUGGGGAAUCAUCUCCACGUCGCUUUUCAAGGUGUUCUAUUCGUUUGCAGGUCUCAACAACGUGAAUAAUGUGGCACUGCUGACCGCAUGUAUCAUGUACUUGCUGGUCAACGUCGCCUACUUCAUUGUCGUGCCUUUGGAUGAGGUCAAGAACAGUCGAGAGCUCAUAGCAGCGCUCUUCUUCGAACGUUGUUUUGGUUCGACGGUGGGGAAGACCUUGCUACCGCUUGCAGUUGCACUCUCCGGCGCUGGCAAUGUCAUGGUAGUUACAUUUGCUCUGGCGCGCCUGAACCAAGAAGUGGCACGGCAAGGCUUUCUUCCAUUCUCGAGCAUCCUCGCAUCGUCGAAACCGUUCAAUGCACCAAUGGGCGGACUGAUCGUACACUACAUUCCCUCACUCUUGGUUAUAGCUUUGCCACCUUCGAGCGAGGUGUACUCAUUCAUCCUUGAGGUGGAAGGCUAUCCCGGCCAGAUCUUUGCGCUCGCUUCUGGUGUUGGCUUACUAUGGCUUCGGUACAAGCGACCAGACCUUAAGAGGCCUUUCAAGGCUUGGACUGUUGCUGUCAUAUUGAGGAUAGUUCUCUGCCUCGCCUUGAUCGCUGCACCCUUCUUUCCACCAACAGCUGGCCACGCAAAGGGCGGAAUCUGGUAUGCAACCUACGCUGUUGUCGGCGCUGGUGUGAUUUUGUUCGGUCUGCUCUAUUGGUUCGUUUGGUUCAAGCUCAUCCCGAAGUGGAAGGGCUAUCGCGUUGAAGAAGGGACCGAUGUUCUGAGUGACGAAACUUACGAUCGUCCCGUCGAAACACACCCCGUGACCGUCCGUGACAUCCGCGGCCGCGAGAAAGACUUCACCCUGGACGGCAACGGCUUCCAAGUGCAUCGCCAGGCUUCGAGUGAAAAAGAAUUUCGAGACGACGAGAAGAUCAAGAGCGGGUAUUACGCUGAGACGGAGCAGUUGCUCAAGGAUGUCACCGGCGCCUCUCGCGUCUUCAUCUUCGACCACACCAUCCGCCGCCAAGAACCCGACACAGGCGGUGCCGAGAAGACGCUUCGCGGGCCAGUGAAGCGUGUGCACAUUGACCAAUCUUACUCCGCAGCACUGUCGCGCGUGGCGCACCACCUCCCCGACGAGGCGGAAAAACUACUCAAAGGGCGCGUGCAAAUCAUCAACGUCUGGCGGCCCAUCAAGACCGUCCAGCGUGACCCGUUGGCCGUAGCCGAAGCGAGCAGCGUCAGUGACGACGGGUUGGUGGUUGUUGAGCUCAUCUAUCCGAACCGCAGGGGCGAGACGUUGUCUGUGAAGCACGAUGCUGGACAUCGGUGGUACUACAAGUCUGGACUCACGCCAGAAGAGGUGUUGUUGAUCAAGUGCUUCGAUUCGAAGGUGGAUGGAAGGGCGAGAAGGGUUCCGCACACAGCGUUUGAGGUGCCGAAUACGGAGGAUAGGGAAGCGAGAGAGAGUAUUGAGAUUAGAGCAUUGGUAUUUCAUGAGGAUGAUACGGCGGAGUAG